AUGGUCAACCGCGGGCGCUCUGGAGGCUGCGUAACGUGCAAGGAACGCCGCGUCAAAUGCGACGAGGCGAAGCCUGAGUGCCGAUCUUGCCAGCGCCUAAAGCUUCGCUGCGGGGGCUACAACAGACCUAAGCCAAAGCCCAAGGAUGCCAAACUAAAGUUCAGAGACCAGAACUACAAGUUCUGCACCAACACCAACCAACACGACCGGGAUGUCGUCAAGGCUGCCACUAGCCCUAGCCCAUCGUCUGGGUCUGAUGUUCAGGACCGGGAGGUUGUGAGGGCCUUGACUUCACGGCGGCUCUCUGAGCCCGACACCGCCGUGCCCUUCUUUCUCGGUCAUUACGCUAGAAUAGGCCGCGAUAUGGGAUCCACUCGAGGCUUCUUCGAAAUGCUCAUUCCGGCCUACUUGUCGCAGCAGCAAGAAUCGGCCCUCUCGCUCGCUGUCUCGGCGUUGGCUUCAGAGAUCUUGUCCAUGUGGCGGGGAGAAGUCAACAGCUUCCGAUCCUCAUGCAAGUCUUACACCCGGGCAAUCACACGCCUUCGGACCGCAAUACAGGAUCCCACAGAACGUGCCAAGCCAGCAACUAUGCUAGCCAUACUGGUGCUGCAGACAUACGAGAAUGCGUCUGCGGUAUAUGAUCUUCGCAGGGCCUCAAGCAUGCACCACAACGGCGCAGCGUCUUUGCUCUCGUUUGUGGACACAGACGCUAUGGACGGGACGGUGCGCGCCUACUUACGAAAAUUCAUGCUACACACCGAGGUUUCAACGGCGAUGCGUCAGAAGAAGCCAUUAAAGAAUAUCGCAUACUCGUGGAUUGAGACCAAGGAUACGAUGGCUGUGCCAGACAACCCCAGCUCAGCUCUGGAUGCCAUAGGGGCGUCAGUUGCCGAGCUGCAGGCCAGUUAUACGCAAUUUGUGACACAGGGUGGCUCCGCGAUGUCGUUAGAGCGCCUGAAAGAGUGGAGGGCCGAGGCAAGAAGAAUUGACGCAGAGCUUCUGGCGUGGGCGGGAAACGUACCGGAUCACUGGAGGCCGUUAAGGCUGAUGAGUGGUCGGGAUAUCGAUUCGUCCAUACCCACCUACCAGUCUAUCUGUGAGGUGUAUCCUUCGUGCCAAAUUGCCAGCAUUUGGAACCUAUGGCGCUUCCAACGCCUUGUGCUAGCCAAGAUCACACUUGGCUCCCUUGAUGCAUUCUCAGAUCUAAGCCGCUUUAGCUCCGCAUACGAGCAGUUCCUCGACAACCCAACAGAUUUCGUCAACUGCCAGCAAACACUGCAAGAAGUGGUUGACAGCGUGUGCUACAGCAUACCCUUCCACCUUGGCAACCGAACCACCCGGUCCAGCCUCGCGGACUUCACUGAUCCGACGAUUCUGCUCCCUAGUCAGGGUAGUCUCGAUGGGGUAAUAUCGAGCGACGACCACAGACGUCAUGUCAUCGCGCAAGGGCCGUGGCGUGCCAUGCACCCGCUGAGCCGCUGUUUGACGCUCUUCUCGGAAGAUGACGGCGAGGUGAUAGCGAGCCUGCUUAGAGCUGGACAGCGGGAGUGGAUCCGCGACCAGUUCCUGCGUGUCGCCACGCUGCUGAAUCUUCCGACCGAGCCGGGCAAUGGUAUUGAGGUAUCGGGAUCGACGGGAGAGUCUGCAGAUGCCAAGGCGGAGUAUCUAGCCAGGGAGAUUAGGAAGGGUGCGAUUCUUAUGAGUGGGCCGUAA